GCCACCUAAUCAAAGAUGGAUCUGCAUCUCUCAGUCUUUCUUCUGUUCGUUCUUUUCACUGGAGGACACUCUCUCAGCUGUUAUGAGUGCUCAAGUCUGACGGGUUCUUGUGCAGGACAACAGGUAACAACGUGCUCUGAACUUUCCCAGACAUGCAUAAGUUCAACAGCAGCAGGACUAAUUGAUGGCAAUCCUAUUAAGGCGAAGUUUAAAGGUUGUGUUCCAUCAAAUACCUGUCUGUACCCAAACAUCAGCACUGCAGUUGCCGCUCUUUUCUGCUGUAACAAAGACCUUUGUAAUGCCAAAGAUGCAGAACUUUCUGAAGAUUCCAGUCUUAAUAUGCCCAAUAUCCCCAAUUUCUCCAAUUUCUCCAAUAUACCCAAUAUCCCCAAUAUACCCAAUUUCUCCAAUAUCCCCAAUGGAAAGAAAUGUUACUAUUGUGAUGGAAAGAGCUGCUCAAACAUAAUGGACUGUUCAGGGAGUCAAGACCGCUGCAUUAAAGGAACAGUGACUGCCAAUGGUCAGACAUUUCCUGUAAACAGCUGUGGCAAUAAAGAGGUUUGUGAUAGUGUUCAGGGCAUCUCGUGUUGUGAGGGGAACCUGUGUAACGGGUCUCAGAGUGUCACUCAGAGCGUCCUGAUCCUCUGCGGUUCUCUGCUCUCAUACUUCCUGAUGCACUGAAUACAGCAGAUCUUCACAUUCUGAACUGAAUUUAUAUAUGUUUUUGCUGUACUAUUUAGUGGUCUGAUGUAAUAAACCACUGUAAAAAA